UCAGUUGGACAGCUAAUCGUCAGCAGGUGCGGUCACAGAACGCAACUGGAAAGUACGGAAAACUGAACUUCUUAUUUGAAAAAUGCCAUCCUUAAGCGGCAACCAAUGGGGAUUAGCACUGGUCUGCCUCCUGUUGGGCUUGCUCAGUAACCAAGGGAUUUAUGCACAAGAUGACACGACCACAACAUCCACAAUAUCCACAACACCCGCAAUAUCCACAACAGAAUCAGUUCACGAUACGAUGGCUUGCAAUGUGAGCACGAGCAUGGCCCUCGAUUUGGAGAAGUUUUCUGGCAUUUGGUGGGAGAUUACACGUCAGCCGGUUGGUUCUAUAUUCUGCACAAAGAUCAACGUAACAGUUUUAGAUAAAUCCGAAGAUAAUGUGCUAAUUGAUACGACCUAUUCGAAUACGAUCGAUUAUCCGUACGUCAAUCAGACCAUGAAUGCAACCUUAACUGUAGCUGAUAAAAUCAGCUCAACGGAGGGUUACAAUUUCACCUACUGGAAUCCGCCCGAUUAUACGCCCCAUACAGUCUUCAAGGUCUUGGACACUGAUUAUUCGCAGUAUGCCGUGAUUUGUGGCUACACCAAUGCCACCGAUAAUUCGACCGCCUUUGGCAUGAUUAUCGCCAGAGAUCGUACACUCGCACCGACUGUUUUGGAUACCAUCGAGAGUGAAAGUUCGGCUCUUUAUGAUAAUUUCUUUGAUGGCACCAUGACUCUGACCACUCAAGGCAGCACUUGUUAUAGUGGCGCUGAUCCCUCAACUACAUCAACGGUGCUUUAUGCUAUUUUUGCAAUUGUUAUCUAUCUGUACACCAAAUAGUUCUCGAACCAAUUUUACAAUACAAACAAUAUUACAAAUAAAUGUUAUGAGUUCCUAGUUAAACAGUAUUGGUGAACACACUUUCAAAACUC